CGAGGACAUCCUAAGGAUUCCUAGAGGCAUCGUAAUCGAGCGGUACGUAAAACAGCGGUCGCCCGAUCAUCUUUUUCAUCGUAGCUGGUCGCCAAACGGCCGACAUGGCGGCAGAGCGAUGAGCCAAUCGCAGCGCCGCUCUCUCGUGCCGCUUCGCCAUUCAACGACGAUAACGACGACUCCAUUCGCCCGCUACCGCCACCGACAUUACCACCACUACCGCUAACCAGCGGCGCAGCUAGAGACCCCCUUCUGGCGUAAUUCGCGUCGCCGAUCUCGCUAUCUCGAAUUUGGCGAGUGCUUUUUUUCAACGUUACGCACGGCGGCGCCGAACGAGGAACGGCACCACGAACGGGAGUGCGUCGUGCGUUGACGUGCAUUUCGCGGGCGCAUCGCGUCGCGCCGAUUGUGUUUGGUCACGUGACCGCGCCGAACCGACCGUCGGCCGUGGGAAAUGGCGCAAAGAUCAGAGUGCAUCGGACAUCAUGGAUGGAACCAGCUCCUUUCCGCGGCGAUGUCACUUGUGUUUGUUUACAAGCGUGCGAGCACGCGCGCCACGUGCUGAGUGAGGAGGCAAGAUCGGGAGAGGAGAAAAGAGGAGAAGUGAGAGAGACGAAGAGAGGUGGUGAGCGAGGUGUGCGGUAAGAGGGAACGGCUGAACGGGACAGGUAAGCCCUCAUCGACAGUCCCCCCCCGCGUGGAAAAUCGUAUUCCUAAAAAGCGAGGUUGACGGCAUCGGUGCCGGCGUGAGAAGGACGACGACGACGAUCAUUGAAGGUACCACGGCGACGCACGACAAUAAUGACGGGCAGGGGCUCGAAGAGGCGGGGGCGCCCGCCCAAGUCUGUGGUGAUGGAACGUCCGAAGAAGUUUCAGUAUCAUCUGAUGAAGAAACCUAAGUAUCUACAGAACAGGACAGCCGGCGCGCUCGGUGGUGGCGCCGAGACACCGGGCUCACAGCCGAGCACGCCGACGGCAUCGCGUCCGACAUCGCCAUCGGUCGAGAGUGAGGAAAGCAGCAAGCGCAGCACGAGAAAUCAGCGUAAAUCACGUAGUGGUCGCGACCGACAUUCCCGCAAGGGUGGCCAUGCCGGAUCCACAGGUGGUGCCUAUCAGCGUCGUGGUUACAACCCCAACGUGGAUUAUCAUGAUUCUGAAUAUCACUAUGGCUCUGAUUUCGGCGAUGAAUCCAGUGAGAAGAGCGAACCGGAGGAAGAUCCGUUGCCAACCGAUAUGGAAUCUUCCGAGAGCAUAGAUGAACCCGAUCCCUCGAGUGAUAGCGAUUUUUCACUGUCCAGUUACAGUACCACUAGUGGCACACCAAGAAAAACUUUACUCGCUCAACAGCGGCCACCUAGUCCAGAGCCGUUGUGGCUACAGAAUAGAGAACUGCCACCGUUAGUGUUACCCAAGUCCUCGGAUGAUCUGUUGGUCCCUAAAGAACUGGUCAUGCCAUCGCUCUCCAUCUACGAAGUACUCAGGCACUUUCGCACCCUGGUACGUCUCUCCUCCUUUAGAUUCGAGGAUUUUUGCGCAGCUCUUAUGUGCGAAGAUCAAACUAAUUUGCUGGCGGAGAUUCAUAUUAUGCUGAUCAAGGCACUGUUGCGAGAGGAAGACUCACAGCAGACACAUUUUGGUCCACUGGAUCAAAAGGAUUCGGUGAACGUUAGCUUGUACUUUGUGGACUCCAUGACAUGGCCAGAGGUGCUACGUUCAUAUGUGGAGAGCGAUAAGGGUUUUGAUCAGAACAUUUUACAGACAUUAACCACUACUGAAUAUCCUUUUACUGCCAUCGAGGAUAGAAUCAAGGUCCUACAAUUUUUAACAGAUCAAUUCUUAAUAACAAAUCCCGUGAGAGAGGAUUUAUUGCAUGAAGGAACUAUGCAUUAUGAUGAUCACUGCAGAGUAUGCCAUCGACUAGGAGAUCUGUUGUGUUGUGAGACUUGUCCAGCUGUAUUUCAUUUAGAAUGUGUAGAACCACCUUUGGUUGAUGUUCCUACUGAGGAUUGGCAAUGUAGUACAUGUAAAGCUCAUAAAGUGAUUGGUGUUGCGGAUUGUAUUCCUGACGUUGAAAAGAAUGGAUCGUUAUGUAGACAAGAGCAUUUAGGAUUCGACAGACAUGGCAGAAAAUAUUGGUUUCUUACAAGAAGAGUUUUUGUUGAAAGCGAAGACGGUGAAGUGUGGUAUUAUAGUACACCUUUACAAUUAGAGGAGCUAAUGCUUGCGUUAGAUCAAAAUGAAAUGGAAGUAGCGCUUUAUCGUGAAUUAUCAGAUUACAAGGAAGAAAUAGUCCGACAAAUGGAGCUUACAGAGACUAUUACUAAUCAGUUUAAAGGAAAUAAGAAAUCAUAUAUAGAAACAGAAAACAAUCUUAUACAAAAGAUACAAAAGGAACGACAAGAGAAACAGGAGAAAGAGGAGGAAGAGAGAAAGGAAAAACAAAGGCAAGAAGCUGAGGAAAUGAUACGUAAAAUGCACGAGAAUACAGAUGCUCUUGAUGAACGUACUACUGUAAUGACGGAACAAGGUGAAACAAAAAUCUCCAGUGACGAGUCGACUCCAGCUACACAAGUACCUGAAGUGAUCGGCGAAACUGUUGAGGUCGAUGCCGAGGCGUCAAACACGACGAAUACGGACAAAACUACGAAAACUAGCACCUCUACGUCAUCAUCUGAAGACAUUGACGAGGACACUUUAGAAGGAGAGGAAAAAAUAGGAAAAGACGGCAAAAAGCAUACUAUCGUGACGAGAUCGAAGACUGGUUCGUUGCAACCGCGAACCUUUAACAUGGACGAUAUAAAAAGACGAAGCAUGGCACCGUUGUCGAAGGAAGAGCAAGAGAAGUUAGACAAGGGUCUAAAAGAAUCCGAAAGCGACGGAAACAUCAGAGUAACGCGUCAAAAGGCACAUCAAAUCGCAGCUGGCACACACUUAUUCAAAUUGGGCAUGGACAAUAACUUUAAGUCGUAUGUCAAUCAAUACAGCACCAAUCCUAUCGCGUUAAAUAAGACUCAGAGAAACGAGGAGCGCGAUAAGAAACGUCAUUUGUCGCACAAGUUCUCGCUUACGCAAGCAUCGGAGUUCAAGUGGGUGGGUAGUUUGACGGGUACUCGUGCUCUGUUAGUCAGUACUCUACGUCAAACGAUUCUACAGCUCGAAAGUAAUAUUCAGGCGUCGUUUAUGCACAUCAAUUGGCCACUACUACGUAAACCAUGGACUACGGCAGUGGGAUCGUGCGUGAAUCCACGAGACUUUGCGCGCACUCUCAUUGUCUUGCAAGCAUGCAUCAAGUCCGUCGUAUUUGCGAGUGUGUGGCAUGAUCAACUCGGCCAUGUGAAAUUGCAACGAGUAACUGCACUCGAACGCGAGGAGAAGAAACGUCAGGACAAAAAAGAAAAGAAAGAAAAAGAGGAUGAAGAAGAGCGUAAUCGGCUCUUUAAUUUCGUCAAGUACACACUCGGCUUAAAGCAUCAGGUAUGGAAGCAGAAGGGCGAAGAAUAUCGGGUGCAUGGCCAGGGUGGUUGGCUCUGGGUGUCGUCCAGACGCCGUCACCGAAUCUCAGACAUGACAAAGACGGGCUUACGAGCCGGUCCACAAAAAAUUAUGGUACAGGUGAAGGAUCAGAGUGGCCUGAAAAUUCUUGCGCUCGAUCCAUCCACUUAUGAAUUCCUCAUCAAAGAAUAUUGUCCGAGUAAGAUAGAGAAUGGUAUUGUGAAACAAGAAAUCAAAGAGGAAGGAGUAGAAAAUGAUACAAUAAAACAGGAAUGUGAUAUAGAAAAUGUAAAAAAGGAGCCUAUAAUUGACAGCAAGACAAACGGUGUUAAUUCUUCCUCUGUGAAACUGGAAUCCCCGGCCAAACAAGAAACAAAGAUGAAUUUAUCAAUUUUAGCUGGCAUGAAAAUUGAAAAAGUUUUUACUCCGAUUACUGAAUUCGAAGAUAUCAACAUCAACAAGGCACUAACCACUUCUGGAAGAUUGCAUUAUCCAAAAGUUGCAAAAAAGACGAAAAUUGAUGAUUUCCUGGCGCGCAGAACACAUUUGAAGUUUUUGGAAGAAAGAAAAUUAUUGCAAUCUGCAAAGGCGAAAGAAGUAAGUCAGACACCAAAUCAGAAAGGCGGAGAUGGCGAUUGCUCGGAGAUCGAUACGGAAAAUCACGAAGAAAAUGAUACAGAUAAUACUGUUGGUGUUGGCGGAGACGGUUCUCAGCAAGGUCUUUCGUCGACACCUGCCGGUAAGCAACAGCAACAAAUGAAUAAAACGACAGUAACAACUCUCUCUCCGUCUUCGAAAGAAAUGCUGGCAACGAUUACCAAGCGCAUUCAGCAAGUGCGCUUGCAAUAUUCAACUGCCUUGAAAUUCUGUAAGAACGGUAGCUGUUACUCGCGCUAUUGUAACAUGAAUAACGCCAAAAAUAAUGCCGUGCAAGUUAAUAUCACGCAGGCCAUCACUCCAAAUAUCGAUACCUGUUAUUCGCCUUUGUGCAUGCGAAAGGCGCGACUGAAGCGCGAUUUGAUCGUUCUAUUACGCAAGGCAAACGCUCUGAACAACAAUCAAUCCUCUUCAUUAUCUUCGCCACAAACCUUGCCUACAGUGAUUUCCGCGAAAACAGAAGUACCUCCUGAUGAAAAAGACGUGAUCAAACGGGAUUUGGAAUCAGCAGUGGCAACUAACUGCAACGAUGAAGCAGUGAAAAUGAACACAAAGGACGUUUCUGCUCCAAAAAAGAUGAAGCUCGAAAAUGAGCAUAUGGAGAAUUCUAAUGUGACUACCGUCACAAGUAACGUCGUUACUACCACCACAACGAUUACGACAACUCAGCAGACUGUAAAAAAUACGGACGGCGUAACGCAGGAGCAUUCCGCCGUUAAUCGUAAUUCGACGACCGUCUCGUCGGAAACUAUGACUACAACAACAAAUAAGAAUGGUGCAAAGACAGUGAUAAUCGUGAACCGUAGAGGAAGGACAGUGCAGCGAAGUACAUUUGUCAAAGAACUGCAUGCUGAUGGAACCGAGCGAAUAUACACGGCAACAUCAACAGAGGGUAAGCUAUAUUUGAAAAAAGUGGUGAAUACGACAGCUGAUCGUAAGAAAAAACGCACACCAGUCAAAUAUCCACUCUGCUCGACUUUCUGCACGAAGAACAAACAACGCAGUAUACUAGUACUUCCUCGGCACGAAUUGAGGAAAUUAUCCCGCGUUGGUGGUAAAACACCUGUACAAGGAUUUCAUCAUCAAGCCAAGGCAAAUAUGUCAGUGUGGCCAUAUCCUUGUCCCAGACCCUUAUUCAAGACUUGCUGGUUGUACAGAACGGUUGGUUUAAAAUCGCUAGCCGCUGCUGCGAUUCAGCUGAGAAUACUCUGGGCUUGUCUCAGAUGGGAUGACAUGGCAGCCAAGCCGUUGUCCACCGACGGUAAGAAUCAGAUCACGACCGAUACGGAGAUCAUGUCACUGGAGAUAUUGAAGCAUCGACAUGUCGGGCAAUUCCUCGACAGGGCUCAAUAUCUUCGUAGAAAAGUCGUCAUACCGCUCGAACUUCCAAAGCAAGUCAGAGAAGUAACGUCUAUAAGGAGUGGACUGAGAAAAAGAAAGCGUCCCGAAUCUCCACAAAGCACCAAACCACAAGUUACGGAGGAAUGGGUCGAUGAAGAUAAAUUAGAAUUAUGGGAAAUCAAACAAUAUGGUGACAGGUUAGAGAAGGCUAAUGCGCAGAUUAUUACUAGGAGUCGCUCAGGUGCACCGCAGUCAGUAAUCGUCAAUAGUGGAAACAAGACUGUCACUACUGUUACUACUACCAGUGGCACAGCUGGUCUAACUGGCGAUCAGCUUGUGAGCGGCAAAGCGACACCAGAAGAAAUUAAAGAAAAGAUGGAACAGCAGUUGCGCAUGCAACGGGCGGCUCAUCAACAAAAACGUGCUUUGCAUGAGUUGACUGUUAAAAACCAAUCCGGAAACUCGACAUCGCCUGCUACCUCUCACAUUGUUAAAGUUACAACCAAUUCCUCUUCUGAUGGUACCGUUAAAUUAGUUACAAAAGUCCCGAUUCCGGCGAACCCGAACAGCAAUAAGUCACAGUUGACUUCUCUUUUAACAACUCCUACACAAAACAAAACAUUCAUCGGUACAAGGCGAAUUUAUAUGACGAAAUCUGCUGAUGGAACUACUAAAGUUGUAUCCGGUCCUACUAGUAUUUUACCGAAAACGCCCCCAACUCCAGGGCUAAGCCAGCAAUCUGUGAUUAGGAUAACACCAACAAGCACUAAUGUCUCACCUGUACCACAGAGAGUGCAAAUUCUCAGAGGACCAGAUGGAAAGUUACAAGUGCGUGGCUUGUUGCCUGGCCAGCAGUUGGUUCAAAUGCCGGAUGGAAAGCUGCACGUGGUGAAUGUAAGCCAAACUGUGGGCACCACAAUUGCACAAAGCGCUCAAACGAAUUCGACAACAUCUACAACUACUUCACAAACGAAGACUGUGACCGCCGUUAGUACUAAAGUGGCAGCGACUGAGAGUACGUCUGUGAUUAAAACCAGUCCGAAUACAAAGACAACAGCAAGCUCACCGCAACAAGCGCAAACGCCUCAGUCAAACUAUUGUGUACAAACUGUUCAACGAGUAAAAUCCGCGACUAUGACUUUGGCACCAGUCUCAACAGCUCAAGGAACGAAGAAUGCUAUCGUAGUCACUAACACAGGACAAACCGCGCAGGUGAUAUCUUCUGGUGGACAAGUGAUAAGUGGGAGUCCUAUAAUGGUCGCCACGAAUGCAAAUUUGGUCCAACAAUUGGCGUCAGGCAAGGCUCACUUGACUACGAUCGGCAAUCAAGUUGUGAUACGUAACGCAUCCAAUCAGAUUGUGCAUGUAAACUCUCCUAAUGGCGGAUUUAUCGUGAAAGGUACUGUCACCACGAAUAAACAACAAGCUUUGCAAACUACGCCAACUUCGACAGUUGCACAAUCAUCUACAAAUACGAGCCCAACGACGACUACCGCAACGUCUACGAUGUCAACAACGACAACUCAGAGUUCCGCCACGACUCCGAUUCCAGGGAGUCUUGAGGCUUCUUUAUUGGUUGGACAACCACCCGGUACAAUAAUCAAAUGUGUGACGGCGCAAGUUAUCAGUACAGCUGAGGGUCCACGAAUUGUGCUGCAGGGUUUAACAGGCUCAGAUUUCACGCCACAGCAAUUAAAUAUGGUGCAACAACAAGUUAAACAGCAACUUCUGAAAGCACAUGCAGCGACUGGCAAGCAAGGCGUUUUAGGACCAACAAAGAUUUACUUGGCUGUUCAACCAGCUCAAUCAUCCAACAACAAUCAGCAACAGCAAUCACCAACUACACAAGUUUCAUCAGUUGCAAAUACUCCUGUAUCAGCCACUCCAAAACAGCAACAGUCAAUUUCUCCAUCAUCUACCAAUGAAACUCCGCAAGCGACAACACCAAAAUCGACAGAAAAACCAAAAGUAGUUGUUCAGCAAGUAGGACGUGUAGCAAAUGUGACAGACGACGACACACAAAAGGCAAAUAUAGCUAAUGGACAACAACCAUCAUCCCAAUCCAUGAAAGAAGGAAACGAUUCAUCUUCGAAUAAAUUUAUACUAACUCCAGAUUACAUUCAACAAACGAUUAAAAAUGCUUUGAAACAAGAGAAUCUGAAUCCAGAGAUAGAAGAGAAAUUGUUGCAACUGCAACGUUAUCAAGAAAAGCAAAUGAAGGGUGGCGUAGAAAAUUCAGUAACUAGCAAUCAAACUCAUAAUUCACCUGCGGCAACAACACCGCGUCCGCCUUCGCGCAAACGACCGGCACCGUCGUCGAACAUUCCAGCAACAGCAGCAGCGACAACACCGACAAACGCGCAAUCAUCGUCCAGCGGAGUUGAAGACAAAGAUGACAAAGACUGGGUGGAGACACCCAGGAAAAGACCAGCUGUGAAGCAAGAAAAUCGCGAAACGGCCCAAAAAAUGCCGAAAUUAUCGGAGGCAUUAGAUAACGAGUCGUCACCUAAAAAUCGAUCUGCAAAAUUGAAAGACAGUCAAGAGCAGCGAAGAAAACAGCAAGUGUUUUCCCGAAUGCAGGUUUUAUUGUUCCGGCAUAAGGAACUUCUUAAAAAAGAUAUUCUUAAAAAGAGAGCGUUACUCGAGAAAGAACUUCAAAUUGAUAUACAGAAGGACUUGUCAGCGGAGCUCGCUACAAGAACAAAGGCAGAGAGACACAAGCAGGAUGAAGUAAAGGUUGGGAGUGCGAAGCGAAAAGCUAAUGCUCAAGUGGCUCAACAGGUUAGCCCGUCCAAUCGGAGUAGUAGUAGCAGACCGAAAAAACAUAAGAAUCAAGGUAAUAGUACGACGCCUCCUGGUAGUUCGACAACCACGACUCGCAUCAAGAAAGAGAAACUGUACUGUUUAUGCAGAACUCCUUAUGAUGAGACCAAAUUUUACGUGGGAUGUGAUUUAUGCAAUAAUUGGUUCCACGGUGACUGCGUGGGUAUAACGGAAGAGAUGAGCAAGUCUUUGUCAGAAUUUGUUUGUACAGAAUGCAGACAUGCGAGAGAUACACAAGAAUUGUAUUGCCUGUGUAAACAGCCUUACGACGAAUCUCAAUUUUACAUAUGUUGUGACAAAUGCCAAGAUUGGUUCCACGGUCGAUGUGUUGGUAUUCUUCAAUCAGAAGCCGACAACAUUGACGAAUACGUUUGUCCAAAUUGUCAACGUAAUUCUUCGGUCAACUUCGCUAAUAUGAAGAACCUUAACGCAAAAGAUCUUGAUCUGUUGAAGAAAUUAAUUAAACAAAUACAGGCUCAUAAAAGUGCAUGGCCAUUUAUGGAACCAGUAGAUCCUAAUGAAGCGCCAGAUUAUUACAAAGUGAUAAAAGAACCAAUGGACUUGCAAACUAUUGAAUUGAGGAUAAAUGAUCGAUCCUACAAGAAACUCAGCGAGUUCAUCGGUGACAUGACAAAGAUAUUCGAUAAUUGUCGAUAUUAUAACCCGAAGGAAUCACCAUUUUUCAAAUGCGCCGAAUCCUUGGAGACGUACUUCGUCCACAAGAUUAAAAGUCUGAGGGAGAAAUUCUCGGAAGGGAAGUAAUUCAAUCAAAAAGGUCGAUAGAGCGCUGUGGAAUCGAUCUGAAUCUAAGUGAAUAGUGCAGUGCGUUUUACAGAAUACAGAGAAUGGAAACAGUUGUGCCAGUACACGUAGAAAAAUUGAAACUCUCUCUCGGAAUAGACUUAAAUAUGUAAAAGUAGAGAAGGCACCGGUCUCCGCUAUUUAUUAUAGUUGUGUGAACAUUUUCCUUUUCCCUCCCACUUCCUCACUGCAGUUUACGAGUUCUCAGUUCCAACUGUGCUGUAUGAAAUGUGAAUUUUAGACCAGAACUUACCGCUCGCAAUUGAUUUUAUCUACGAGAAUAUACGUAGGUUUUGCCAUCUAUUAUUGCGAAAAAAAAAUUAAGUAAGCCAU